AGGACUAUCUGUAUAUUCAGAUUGACCUGAGUAGGUCAAAACUGUAGCUUUCAUAUUUCAUCAGUGAACUGAGAGAUUAGAGCAUGUUUAUUUUUUCACACCCCAAAAUACCCUUUUAGUAGCACCUACCAUAAUGUUCCUGUCCUGUUUUCUCCCAAAAAUAAUGAAGCUGAGUUGGAAUUGUAUCAUGUUUUCAUUGUGCUGGAAGUGCUGUCACUUUAAACUUGAAAAAUCAAUUCCUUUCCAAACCAGAUAGAAUUGGUAUAAGCCAGUCUGAUCAAGAGGAGUGUUAGGAUUGCAGGAUUGCUUAAUAAAAAUGCCAGCUGAAAGCCUGGGAAAAGUGGAGCUUUCACUAAGUUUAAUUCAGAAGUGCUUCAGACCUGCAGGAGCAUGGAUACUUUAAAAACGGUGUUAACUUUAAUGGGGAAGCCUGAAUUAAGAGACGACCCUUUAAUGAGUACAGGUAGUCCUCGACUUACAACAGUUCAUUUAGUAUCUGUCCAAAGUUACAACAGCACUGAAAAAAGUGAUUUAAGACCAUUUUUCACCCUUAUGGCCAUUGCAGCAUCCCUAUGGCUACAUGAUAAAGAUUGAGAUGCUUGGCAACUGACCCAUAUUUAUGAUGGUUGCAGUGUCCUGGGGUCAUGUGAUCAGCUUUUGCCACCUUCUGACAAGCAAAGUCAGUGGGGAAUCCAGAUACACUUAACAACUAUGUUACUAGCUUAACAAAUGCAAUGAUUCACCCAACUGUGGCAAGAAAAGCCAUAACAUGGGGCAAACUCACUGAACACGUUUCACUUAGCAACAUAAAUGUUGGGCUCAAUUGCGGUCGUAACUCAAGGACUAUCUGCAGUAGAGAGAUGUCAUCCUCAUAUGAUGUCCUAAGCAACUCUGAAUCAUUUUCAAAGCAUGCCUAGCCUUCGCAUCUAUAUCUUAUCUGUUUGUGUGAAUAGUUGAGCUAUGUAGGACUUUAGGUUCAAUUUCCAAAGGGCAGUUUUGGAGUACACCGGAGUGAGUCUUAACGUCUGUCUACAUCGUUUCAAAAGUUAUGCUUUCUUUUUGCUUACACAGCCGUUGUGGAAUCCUGGAAAGAGUCUGUCCUGAUCUAAGGUGUUGCUACAUUUCUGUCGAACCCUCCCCCUCUUUCAGUUUUGCUAGUUGAGGUGCAUAGCUCUACUGAAUAUUCUUUUGCACCUCUGAAUUGAAUCGGAAAGGAAUUCUUGUAAACAGCAUACCAUUUGAUGAAAAAUUUUAAUUGCAUAUAAUAUGCUCUUUCUAUCUGAUGUAUAUUUAACAAAGACCAGAGAUCAGAAAGCUUUGGGUUGACCAAAGGAGAGAUUCCCACAACUUGGUCCAGUGUUUUUCAACCUUGGCAACUUUAAGAUGUGUUCAGUUUCCCAAAUUCCCCCUCCAGAAUGGGGAAUUCUGGGAGUUGAAGUUCACACAUUUUCUCAUUUUAAAGUUGCUAAGAUUGAGAAAUGCUGGGAUAGUCCUCUUAAAAUGAGAGGAGAAGUAACAGUUGUAUUGGACAUGUCUUAUCCAUCAAUCAACAAAUGAGGAUUCAACAUUAUUUUAGCCCCCCCGGGGUCAUUUGCUACUAGAUGGGCAGCAAAUAAAUACAUAAAUAAAUUUGUGAUGUAGAUCAGUGGUGGGUUGCUCCCGGUUCGGUCCGGUUCUAUAGAACCAGUGGUAACACUGGCGGGAGGCUCCGCCCACCUGCCAUGAUGUCAUCAUGGGUGAUCUGCGCAUGUUCCCGCUGUGAACCAGUAGUAAAGCCUUUUGUAUCUAAUAUUUAUUACCCAUUUCCGCUGCCUACUUCUCGACAUUAUUGGAUAAAUAUGCCAGGUUCCACAUUUCCUGUGAACUUCCAGCGCACCAGUGAUUUUUCGGGCAACAUGCUACCCAGCCCCUCCAUAAUUCCAGCCUUUAAAUUCCAGUUGCGGAGAGAAACCAUUGACUGGAGGCGAUUCAGUGCCAUUGAUGUGGAACGCGUAGCUCGUGAGCUGGAUCUUGGCACUCUUCAGGAAAAUAUCAAUAGUAUCACCUUUUGUAAUCUUGAUGCGGAGAAGUGCCCCUAUUGUCAGCAGCCAGUAGAUCCUGUUCUCCUUAAGGUUCUGAAGAUGGCCCAGCUGACCAUCGAAUAUUUGUUGCACUCUCAGGAGUACUUAAGUAUGAACUUGGCACUCCAGGAGGAGCAGCACCAGGCGGUCCUUGAAGACUGCAAGCGUAUCAAGUAUGACCUGGAUAAGCAAGCAGAAGAAUUAAAGGGGGUGAAGGAAGAGAGCAGGAGACGGAAAAAAAUGAUUGCCACCCAACAGCUGCUCUUGCAAGCCGGGGCCAACAACUACCACAAGUGCCAGCUCUGUGACAAGACCUUCAUGAAUUAUUCCUUUCUACAAGGCCACAUGGAGCGUAGGCAUACUGAAGCUACUGCACAUGAGAAUUCGAAGAAAAAACAGGUGCAGCAAAUGGAAAGUGAGAUCGAAGAACUGAAGGUCAAGUUGAAGGAGACCCAUGUCCAGCUGGAGGCUGAGAGUCAGCAAAGGGCUCAGGAAGCAGAGCACCUUCGCCAAAGGGAAGAUGACGAAAGGAGGAAAUUUGAAAGAUGGAAGGAAGAGGAGAGAGCAAAGUUUCACACAGAAAUGGAAGAACUCAGGCAACUUUUCAUCACGGAAAUCAAGGACUUUUCCAAUAAAAAUUCUGUCUUGGAAGGAAAACUUCAGGAAUUACAAGUCAAGAAUGCAGUAGCCUCACAUCUUGGGACAUUGCAAGAUGAUGAUUCUUUUGAGAAACAACAGUGGACUAAGACUCAGAAAGAAAUACAAGGGAUGAAGGCAAGGAUUGAACAACAGAAAACCGAAUGGCAGUGGAAACUUAGGAAACUUCAGAAGGAGAAUGAGAAAGAAAAAGAAAAACUGAAGAAUGAGAAUGAAAAACUGAGGGCUUUCUUGUCUUCUGACCAAUCUAAAAUGACUGAAUAUAACAAGAAACAACUUGCCUCCCUUACCACACAACUCAGAGAGCAAGCUGGUGUCAUCCAAUCUCAGGAGAAUACAAUUAAGCUUCUGACUUCCAGUAAACCCAGAGAAAUCCAACAAAUACCCAAGACAGACAAACUGGAAGAAUCCAGCGAAGAAGAACUAGAUGAUACUUUGGACACGAAGAGUAGAGUUCUGGAAACAUUGCGGAAGGAUCCCAAUUUUUUGAAGCAAUUCCGGCCAAUUCUGGAAGAGACACUUGAAGAUAAACUGGAGACCAUGGGACUGAAACGAGGUACAAAAGGCAUCCCAGCUCAAACCUAUAAACAUUUGAGAGCUUUGAUAAAGAAACAGCAGCAGCAGAAAGCUAAAACAUUUCCAGGUCUGCUAACCUUGAGAGAUAAACUUGAAAAAGAAGUUCAGAAGAAAGCGGUUCAGAAGGAUGAAGAGAAUAUGUCCUUGCCGUUUUCUUCAAUCUUUGAAAAAAACCAAAGAGACCAGCAUUCUCCACUCCAGGUUACACCUUUGAAGAUUGGAUCACACCCAGUGGAAGUACCAUAUUAUGCCCUGGAGACACCCAAGCCAGCUCCUCGGAGCAAAGUUAGUUCCAUGACUAGUUCAGUAGAGAUUCCAAAGGUACCAUCACCAAAUCUUAUUAGAAGCAGUUCACCUUCUCUUCAACAAUCUGCUGUACACUUCCCCAGUACUUCACCUUUCAGCUCUGAGACUGAAGAGUCAGAGGAAGAAACAAACAUGAGCUCUCCAAAACACACAUUCCUCAAGACGGAACCAAAGCAGAGCAAACCUGUCCCCAGAGCAGCACAGGUGGAAGAGAGUGAGUGGGAUUCAUCUGACACAGACUUUUCUAAAGAGAAACUUGGUACAGGAAAGAGUUUUUCAGUUGCAGCAGGAACUCAUUCAGAAACACUAGUGCAGUCAAUGGCUAAAAAUCUGGAGAAGAAACUGAACAUACCUGGAAAGAAGCCUCCAGGUGGCGUGAAGCUCUUUGCCGUCCAAAGCAAAGAAGAUGCUAAAACCAAUCAUCCCACAAAAAAGCUUCAGUUUUCCUAUGAGGAGGACAGUGAUUUGGAGAUUUCUUCCUUGGAGGAAAUCAGCCAGCACCUGGAACCUGAAACUAAGAUAAAGAAGCCACAAGGGGCAAAAGUUAGUGGGAGCUCCACUGGAUUGCGGAGCACCAGUAUCUGGACUUCCAGCAGCACAAAGGCUGGGGCCUGGUGAUUCCCAUGGUUAGAUGAGUACAGAACCCAGUUGAGAUAGAAGAACGUUCCAUGACAGAGAAAUCAGAUUAAAUUUGAUAAUCACAAAGUACAAAGACACCAAAUACAGAAAGUAUCACGUUCAAGGUUCUAGGUUCUGUUCAUAGUUUCAAAGCAAACAUUUAAUUGAUAUGAGUUCUUUUAGUGCUACUAGACUGAUUUGUUCUUCUGUUGAAAGUCAAUCUUGACAUGACAUUAUGAAUUAAAUUUUGUCCAGAAGACACAAGCCUGAUUUUUAUAUCAUGCACAUGUAUAAUGUUGUGCACUUGGGUCUGACUUAGUCUAGUAUGUGAACCCAGUCUUCAUGUACCAUGGGAUAUGAUUUAGCAUUAUAUUAUUAAAACAAAACAUAUCUUAGCACAGUAUAUAAAUGCAGCAAUAGAUGUAAGGCUGAAUCAAAAGGCAGCCAUGGCAUCAUAGCCUCAUUUGUGGGCUGUAAUGAAGUUUACAGUACACCUUUCACUGAUGCUCUAAGUGAAUUUAAGUGACUACAAGAGGGAAAGAGGUAUAAUUCUUGUGGUCUACUUAAUGGGGAAAAAAGGCUUUUGCUACAUUGUGCUGUGAUAUGUAAUCUACUUGGAAAAAAAUGUUUCUGAAAAAAUUCUGAAUUGUUUAUGCAAUUAGGCAAUUUUUCCUUUCUAAUACUGUGAUGGGUGCAACUUUCUUCUAUUUUUGAUAUGUCUGGGAAUAGCCAUAAAAGUAAAUCAGAUGGAAAGGCUUCAAACAUUUUUUAUCCCAUCAACCUUCUGUUCCAUUCUUACCUUGAUUGCACUUCAAUGUACAGUAAUUCUGAAGUGCAGACUACUUAUUUGAACAGAACAGAAUAACGGAGUUGGAAGGGACCUUGGAGGUCUUCUAGUCCAACCUCCUGCCUAGGCAGGAAACCCUACACCACUUCAGACAAAUGGUUAUCCAAUAUCUUCUUAAAAACUUCCAAUGUUGAAACAUUCACAACUUCUACAGGCAAGCUGUUCCAUUGAUUCAUUGUUCUAACUGUCAGGAAAUUUCUCCUUAAUUCUAAGUUGCUUCUCUCCUUGAUUAGUUUCCACCCAUUGCUUCUUGUCCUGCCUUCAGGUGCUUUGGAGAAUAGCUUGACUCCCUCUUCUUUGUGGCAGCCCCUGUGAUAUUGGAACAUUGCUAUCAUGUCGCCCAUGGUCCUUCUCUUCAUUAAACUAGACAUACCCAGUUCCUGCAACCCUUCUUCAUAUGUUUUAGCCUCCAGUCCCCUAAUCAUCUUUUUUGCUCUUCUCUGCACUCUUUCUAAAGUCUCCACAUCUUUUUUACAUCAUGGCAACCAAAACUGAAUGCAGUACUCCAAGUGUGGCCUUACCAAGGCCUUAUAAAGUGGUAUUAACAUUUCACACGAUCUUGAUUCUAUCCCUCUGUUUAUGCAGCUAGAACUGUGUUGAUUUUUUUGGCAGCUGCUGCACACUGCUGGCUCAUAUUUAAAUGGUUGUCCACUAGGACUCCAAGAUCCCUCUCACAAUUACUACUACUGAGCGAGGUACCACAUAUACUGUACCUGUGCAUUUUGUUUUUCUUGUCUAAAUGUAGAACCUUGCUUUCUUCACCAUUGAAUUUCAUUUUGUUAUAUAGUGCCCAGUGUUCAAGUCUGUCAAGAUCCUUCUGUAUCUUAAGCCUAUCUUCCGGAUUGUUGACUAUUCCUGCUAGCUUGAUGUCAUCUGCAAAUUUGAUGAGUUCCUCAUCUAUCCCCUCAUCCAAAUCAUUGAUGAAGAUGUUGAAGGGUACUGGGCCUAAAACAGAACCUUGGGAUACCUCACUGCAUACUUCCCUCCAUGUAGAUGCAGUUCCACUGAGGACUACACGUUGUGUGUGGUUGGUCAGCCAGUUACGAAUCCAUCUGGUGGUGAUGCUGUCCCACAUUUUUCUAUUUUAUCUAGUAAUAGAUUAUGGUCAGGCGUGGGUUCUACUUACUUUUACUACCGGUUUGCAUCAUGCCCGUGUGCGCUGUUCUGCAUAUGCUCAGAUCACGUAUGAUGACGUCUAGGUCAGUGGGCAGAACCUCCUGCCAGUUUUACUACCAGUUCUUGUGAACUGGUCCGAACCGGGAGCAACCCACCACUGGUUAUGGUCUAUUUUAUCAAAUGCCUUACUGAAGUCCAAGUAAAUUAUAUCAAUAGCAUUUCUCUGGUCCACUAAUUUUGUCACGUUGUCAAAGAAUGCAAUAAGAUUAGUCUGGCAUGAUCUGUUUUUGAUAAACCCAUGUUGGAUUUUGGUUAUUACUUUGUUUGCUUCUAGGUGUUCACUGAUUCAUUGCUUGAUUAUCUUUUCCAGAAUCUUCCCUGGUAUUGAGGUCAGGCUGAUAUGUCUGUAGUUUCCUGGAUCUAUUUUUUUUUCCUUUUUUGAAGAUGGGAACUACAUCAGCUCUAUUUAAUCCUGAAAUACUCAAAAGUAUUUUUUUCUAUUAUAUGUAGGUAGAAUCACAUUGAAAAUGCUAAAAAUAUUUCAGCAUUAAAUAAGUAUACCUGUGAAAUAAUAUAGAUCUGACCCUGGGAUGGGGGUGGUGGUGAAAGAGUACAAUAAAUCAUUAAAGGAAAAGAAAAAAGUUUUCAGAAAAUAAAAACUCAAAAUAUGCCUCCCCCCUCAAUUUUGUUUGAAGCAAGGUGCGACACAGAGAAAAAAUCUGAGUGGCUUUCAAGUUUCUCUUAUUCUACCCUACAACAAUAUUGAGCAUUCUUGGAAUCCAUAUUGCUCUUGUUUCAUAACUUUCCUAUCAUGAAGGGUUGACAUUAUCACGAACCAUGAUGAAUGAACUACAACUUAAAAUGUUGAAACUUAAUGAUAACCACCUAAGAAUAAUAGUUAAGCAGUUAGAGAAGGACUGGAGGGAUUCUGAUUCAGGGUCCAUCCUCAGUCAUGAGAGCUCAGUGACUUCAGGCCACCCCUGGCACUUAAGUCCAGUCUAACACACAAGAUGGUUGUUGUGGAGAUAAAUAAAGAUGGGAAUGUUGUGAUUGCUAUCUUCAACAUUAGGAGGAAGAGUGGGAUAUGAUAUAUUCAUCUCAUAGUCAUUUCCCAGUUGGAUUAAUGCCAUGCACUCUACAUAGGGCUGCCUUUAAAACACUCGAACUUUAAUAUGCCCAGAAUACACAGUGCAUACUAUUUUGGGUGUACCAAGGUUUGCUCAAAUUCCAUUAUUGUUGCCCAAAUUUCAUUGCCUGGCCAUAUUUUUUCAGAUUUUUUCAUCUUUAAAGUCUUGGAUUGUACAGGGAAAGGUUAUUUCUAGGAUCACAAUUUUCCAGGGAUUGCCCAUCUCACCAGAUCUGACAAGGUGAGCACAAUCCAGAUCACCCUGGGCCCUAGAAGAUGUGCCUUCUCUGUUCUAGAAUCUUCCAUUGGAACAACUACUUCCUGAUUCAGAAAGUCCCAACCUUCUUAGCCUUCCACCAGAAACUGGCUGAGAUGUUUGUUGCACCCAAUAUACUGUAUGUGCAGUUCUUUUGAUACAUUAAUUGAUGUGUUAUGGUUGUUUAUAGAUUUUUUUAAAAAAAAUAUUUUCUGGGGUUUGUUGUGAGGUAUACAGGAUUAUCCAUUUAAGAUGAACAGCCUUAUACAUGUUGAAAAUUAAAUUUUAUAUAUGUUUUAUAAACAUACAGAAAUACAGUAUGCUUUUUCAAGCAAAAGAAGGAUGAACCAUCUUUCUUAGUAUUGUUCUCCUAAACCACUAUUAAUAGGAAUUGACUUACAGUUACAUUGGUUUCCAAUGAUGCAUAAGUCCUCCAUGAUGUGAAAUGAAUGAGGAUGAGAGGUGGAAUAUCUAUAGAAGCCUCUUAUUAUCCCAGGGAAGACACUGGGAGAUUUAUGUCAUCUUGUCUCAUGAUAAUUAUUCGUGGGCAAUUGUUGCAAUGUAAUUGGUUCUCCCUCAUCCCAAAAAGAUGCUAAUCUCACUAUUCAACAAGCAAAUAAAUGAUCCUCUACUGACUUUUUGCUAUCCUGACAAAUCUCCAUUCAUGGAAAGUUAUGGAAUGAGAUAUCCUCUGGCUUGAAUAAGUCAGGCUGAUCUGAACAUUACAUUUUUCAGGGGUCCCCACUUGUGCAGAUAUUUUUCUGGAUCUUAAUCUUCUUAAAAUGUGGACCUUCCAAUGUGGUCAGGCUUGUCCAUAAAUUACAACUUAAUUUGAGGAGCUCUAGAAAAGAUAUUUGAAACUGAAAAGUUGCUGGCAAUUGCCACUUGAUGGCACCAUGUCUGAAGAAACAUGCAAUGUUUUUCUUGAGACUUUGCAAAUGAUAUUUGCAAUAAGAAAAGGGUUUCUUUCCCUAAAGCAAAGCAUAUAGAACUCCCAAAGGAGUAAUAGUGAAUGAGCCAUCCUAUACAUGUGUCUAAGUUGAAGGUCAGAGAAAUAAAACUUUUGCUUGAUUCUAUUUCUCCGAACUUAAUAUGCAUUUUCCUUACUGAGAUCAAUAUUACAAAAUUUACUCAAAACAAUAUUUCCCAAGAAUACCUGAGGACUUACACAUUUUAAGCAUAACUAGAUUUCUCAAAAUUGUUGAACUGAAAAAAAUGGGGGGGGAUCAAAUUACACCUAGAAAUGUUUGGAAAAUGUUCAGUGGCUAUAUUUGAAGUAGUAAAUGAGUGUAAAAUAUUGGUUGGUUUAAAUACUGUAGUGUAAAUCAAAGAUUCUCAUGGUAUGACAUGAAAUAAUGAAUGUCUUAUGCAUAUGACAAUUUAUUUUUGGGAGGGGCAGGAGAGAGAGAAUGAGAUCAUGACUGUACCCUAAAGAGAUUCUAAUAUUUUUUAUUCACAGAGCUGUAUAAACUGUUCUAACUUAUCUUUGUAUACCCAUGCAACUGCAGAGACAUUAUAUUUAUAUGAAAGAUUAAAGCUAUAUUUGUAUCAUCAGAA